CAAAUGCCACCACUCAUUGGCUUGAAGGAGCUAGUCCAAACUUCAAAGCACCUUCACUCUCUUAAAAACAUUCUCUUCAACUCUUUUCCAUUUUAUUAUUCUUCCAAAACUGGACCUUACUUUACCCGAAUCUAAAUCCCAACCCGAACCAACCAUGUUCGGACCAACCCAAACCGCUUCCCAACCUCCGAAAUCCACUCUCAAAUUCCUCUGCAGCUACGGCGGCAAAAUUCUCCCCCGCUACCCCGACGGCAAGCUCCGUUACCUCGGCGGCCAUACCCGCGUCCUCGCCGUCGAUCGCUCCAUUCCAUUCUCCGAGCUAUUGCUGAAGCUGGAGGAGCUCUGCGGCGCCUCCGUGAGGUACCUCCGCUGCCAAUUACCUUCCGAAGACCUCGACGCUCUCGUCUCCAUCACCUCCGACGAGGAUCUCGCAAACCUCAUCGAGGAAUACGAUCGCGUUUCAUCGCUGAAAAUCAGAGCCUUCCUCUCGCCGCCGACGCCGCCGAGAUCGCCGUCGCUUAAGGUUUCCACUCCUCCGUCGAAAUCGGCGUCCAUCUCUUCCUCCUCUGCUUCGUCGUCGUCCUCGUCCUCGUCGUAUUGCAGCCCUACCGGCGCCAGUGACUCUGGCCGGAGGUAUAGAGCUCCGGCGCCGGUGUCAGACCGCUGCGUACAUCAGAUGUCGCCGUCGCCGGCGGCGUAUCCGGUCGGCGUGGAGAAAUCGAAAUCCUCCGGGAGGAAUAUUCCUCUGCCGCGGUACGGUGGCCACGUUUAUAUGAUCCACAACGGGAACCACUGGCAAUAGCGUUACGGUGUCGUUUAAAUGGAAUAUUGGAAUACUGGAAUGGAAGUACUGAGAUUAGGACGCAGGUGUUACUUAAAAAAAAAUGAUUUUAAAAAAAUUAAGUUGAUAUAGAUUAUAAUUAAACGAAGAAAAAAAAAAAGGAGGGAAAUGAAAGAGUCCUGAAUAUAUGUGUGAUGUAAAGUGGGGACUGUAAAAAAAAACGUUGACAAGGAUUGCGAUUUUAGCUUUCGAUCCUUGAUUGCCCAUUAAUGAAUUUCGCUCCAAUUUCGUGUUUCCUUUCGCUCCGUUUUUGUAAUGAUGGUGAGUUCGUUUCGUCCUUUUCUUUUCUCCCGUGUUUUCCCCUACUCGUUUUCUUGGGUUAUUUUCAUUCAUAGCAAAGUUUUUCUGCUUCGUUGGUUCUGUGGUUUUCUUAAGGACCAAUUCAUCUGUUUUCGCUUUGGCUAUGGCCUUAUAUGCUCUUUUCGUGUAAUCGCUGUCGUUGCUAACUUUUUCCCCUAAUUUUUUUUACCCUUUGAGAGUAUGGAUUUGGAUUGAUUAAUGGUUUGGCAUUUCUGUUUACAGGUUUAACUGAGGACUGAAAGAAAAUCUUACUCACACAAGAUGGCAUUUGGCGCGUUUCCAUUGUAAGUUUCUUUUAGCUGUUUCCGGAUUCGAACCCAUGACCAACAAGUCACCAAGAUACAACUUUACCGCUGCACCAAGGCUCGCCCUCUUUCUUUUACCCUACGAUACAUAAAUUUUGUUGUGCUCUUUAAUGGCAAUGCAGUUGUCAUCACCCACUAUUCUAUGCUAUUGCUUGACAAUUUAUCUUUUGUUGAUGCUCCAUUUUUUUGGGAAUUUUUUAUUUAUUCUUAUUCCAUUUCCAAUUAGGAACUAGAGUUUAAUGGGGAAUUAAAUUUUUUGAAUUGUCAACCUAACCAGUAUAGUUUUUCAGAUAAUAAACUUACCAUAUGUUACAAUUUAUGAUUGAUUUUCUUCUGUCAGUGCAAAACCCUUUUUUUAGUGAGUAUCUUGUAUAGUUUUAAAAAAUGCAUUGUGGAAAUUAGAGUUAUUUGCUGUGUUCUCGGACCGAUGCAAAACCUACAUUUGACUAUGAUGGA